AUGCCUUUUUGUUGUCGUCCGAGCAAAUUCUGUCUUGGGUGCCGUCAGAGACGCAUCAAAUGCGAUAUGGCCGUCCCUGCCUGCUCUCAAUGUAAAAGAGCUGGCAAGGAAUGCGUGGGCUACAGGGACGAACUACCACUGUUAUUCCGAGACGAGAAUGCUCGCACCAUCAGACGAGCUACAGCUGCUAAGGCUCGAUCCAGAGCUCAAAGAAAGGAUGCAGGAUCCGAUUCCGCUUCUUCACCUGGCUUGAAGCUUAUGAGAUCAAGCCAUGGGCCUAUCACGGCUACUUCAUUACCCUCAACCUUGCCGUCCCUUGAUAUGGACGAACUCGGGCUGCAUUUCUUCGUCUAUCACUUCUCCACUUACGCCUGGGCCGGCCGAUGCCAACCUCAAAACAUUACAUCGCCCUUUAUGCGUCGAUUCGGCGAAGAUGCGACUCUGAGAAGUGCGGUUGCUUCGGUCGGUUUAGCUGCCCUGUCGAAUAUUCGAAAGGAUGAGGGGAUCUUACGUGGAGCACGGCAGAGGUAUGGUCAAGCCAUCAGGGUAAUCCAGAGCACAUUGAAAUCUCAGACUGCCGACCAACUGGACGGUACCAUGAAGAUGAUUCUGAUGGUUGCUCUAUUUGAGAUUGUCGACGCCAACCCGACGUCAAAGCUAUCGUGGAUCGUGCAUUUGCAAGGUGCAGCAGCCUUGCGGAAUCGGUCACCGCGAGAUUUCUUCACCAAGAACCAUCGUGUUCAGAUCAUGUUCACAUUUACUUGGAUUUUCAAAUACUUCCAGACCGGAGGGCGCUUUCCACUGGAGUUGGAAGGUUGGGCGGCGCCGGAUAUACCUGUCGAGGCCAACGAUGACUUUCCUGCUGUCUCCCUGAUCGAGAUCCUCCUCAAAUUUAUUCGUCUGCAUGCCAGUCUCGCGAAAGGCAGUGAUCAAUCAAUGAGCAGCGCUUUAACGGAGGCACUGGCCUGCGAAAUGCAGCUCGAGGGAUGGUCAACAAGCCUUCCUGCCAAAUUUGGCUACAUGGAGAAAGUUUCAAAAGACACCUCACAAUACUUCUAUGGUCGCUUCCACCUUUAUGAGGACGUCUGGGCUUCGCGCAUUCUAAUCCACUAUCUCACGGGCCGCCUCUUUGUGAAUGAGUUGAUAUUGCACCUUGCGUCCCAAUGUGAUAGUUCAAUCGAGCAAAUACUACAGACGGCGCAUGCCCGCCGUAUGAUCAUCCAGUUGGCCGUCGAUAUUUGCGUCGCUGCCGCGAGUCAGCCUCUAUUUCCGGAUUAUAUGAGCCUCAACAGAAACGGCGCAAUACCUCCACUCAGUGGCGUCUUCAUGUUUAUGUACCCCCUUGCAGUGGCUGCAACUGCGACUGGGGUGUCCGACGACCUCCGUGAAUGGGUGAUGCGUACUCUCGAUCAUAUUGGUCAGACCAUGGGUAUCCGUCAGGCUUUGUUGAUGAAAGCCGAGCUAGCACAGUCCUUUCCGAGAGUGCACUCCUCCCUCUACAUCGAAAGUCCAUCUAAAACGGUUGGAAUUCUCACGCAAAAAGGAGCGGACCCACACAGGACAUAA